AAAGAAAAAGAAAGAAAGAAAUGCGUCCCUGCCAAAACCACUCAUUUGUUUCCUGUGUUGCAGGGUGGUCAGAACCGGCAUCCACGCUUCACGGGAGAGACGGGAUCGGAAAACCACCAGGGAAGCUUCCUGCGCCAGGAACGUUUAAGGAAAGCAGUUACGUCUGAGAAUGUCACCAUACCUUCCUCCCACACUAUUAGAAUUUGGAGGGCCUCCAGUCACUCUGCUUGUCUAGUAGGUUCUUGGGAGAACCUUUCAUAGUUCGUGUUGAUUGGAGGUUCCUGGAUGAACCAGAAUGUGCCGUGCGCGAGCUGGACAUUUGACAAUUUCGUCAGUUGGUUUGUCAGAGCCUCCUGAGUUUGCAACAAACUAUCUGCAGGUGGGUAUCCCUCAAGUAAAAUGUAUAACGACAGUUGUUCUGCGCUGGUUGCAAAGUACAAUUUCCUCCGGGAUCGCACAGGGAAAGGCUAUGAAUCGUGGCAUCAAAUGUUAAAAAAUAAAUUUAAAAAAGAACGAAGACCCUUGGUGUUAAUUCCUGAGAUUCAACAAAAAAAGACCUCAAGCAAAACUCCGCCAGAAACAACAUCAACUGCUAUAAUGACUGUAGAUGGAACUAGCACUCUUGGAGAGGAUGCCAUCAGCCUUGGAUGCCACCGUGAAAAGAUGCACACUGAGUGCCAUAAAAAACACCCAAAUCUGUCUAUUCUACAAGACAAAAUGGCCCGAACUAGGGUAGAGAGAACAGUAUACUUAGAAAACCAUUCGACAAUGGAGACCCUUGACGAGUACCCUGCACUGCGAUUUCCAGUAAUACUUCUUGCAGAAACAAACCACCAGCUUGAUGUUGACGUUGAUCGCAGCAUUAUGUCAGGAAUGGGAAUUGUAGCAAGAAAAAUUAUAGAAGAAUGCCAACGACGAGCCACAGGACGGGAUCUCUUUAAAAUGUAUGACGAUGCCAAGGAUGCAUUUGCGGAGGAGUCUCACAGAGGUUUUCUCGCCACAUUGCUCCUGCCACAUUUAUUCAGGAAGGACCCCAAUGCCAUUUAUUUCAUCAACAAGGACCCAGAGGUUCCAACGCCGGUACUAAUCAUUACCGGAAACUCCUUCUUGGAGGCUACGUUUGGUGUGCAUCUGGACUACACAGAUAUCCUCACCCACAAAGUUGAUGACAUCACCCUCGGGCUUGCAACUUUGAUGUCAAUUUAUUUUGUGUUCUACAUAGAAUACCACACAGUGUUUCCCAUACAUUGACUAAUCUGUGGCGGGGCGCCACGAAAUAAAAAUCGGCCGCCACA